AUGUGGACCACGUGGUCCACGUGGAAAUACCCCCGUCAUCCUGACCCCCUCCACCUCCACGCACGACCACACGACGUCAACGCGACGAACAGCAACGACGACGACAACAUCGCCCACCACCCAGCCAGCGCCAUGGAAUACCUCCCAGAGCCGGCACGCAAGUUCCUCGAGGGCGGCAUCGACCCGUACUCGCAGCAGCAGCUCGAGUGGUACUCGACGCUGUAUCUCUGUGUGUUGGUCCUCGUCGCGUUCGGCGUGUCCUUCGCUACCAAGUCGGUGGCUGUCGCGCUGCAGAUCUUCGCGGUGGGCUUCAUUGCGCUUUUGGUCGCAACUGUCCCCGGCUGGCCAUACCUCAACUCCCAUCCGAUCAAGUUUCUCAAGGUCCGCAAGAGCGUAGCCAAGGCAUAGAGGCGUAUUGUUGUAUUAUGGACACUUGUUUGUGGG